GGCGACAAGCUGUCAGGCCGUGCUUUGCUGCUGGCGCCUUGCGGGAAGUCGCUCGAGGAAGCCAUGGAGGACGGUGAGUUAAUUGAAUACUUUAAGUCUCAGAUGAAAGGAGAUCCUAACAUGGCCUCAGCGGUGGCUGCCAUCCAGACUUUGCUGGAAUUCUUAAAGAGAGAUAAAGGAGAAACACUCCAGGGCCUGAGAGCAAAUCUCACCUAUGCCAUAAAAACCCUCUGUGGUGUGGACUCCUCAGUGGCCGUGUCAUCUGGUGGGGAGCUCUUCCUUCGCUUCAUCAGCCUCACCUCGUUGGAAUACUCUGACUACUCCAAAUGUAAGAAGAUCAUGAUUGAGAGAGGAGAGCUGUUCCUGAGAAGAAUAUCCCUGUCAAGAAAUAAGAUUGCCAAUCUGUGUCAUACGUUCAUCAAAGACGGGGCCAGGAUUUUGACUCAUGCCUACUCCAGAGUUGUCUUAAGAGUCCUGGAAGAAGCCGCGGCGGCCAAGAAACGGUUCAGUGUGUAUAUCACAGAGUCGCAGCCUGACUUAUCUGGUAAGAAAAUGGCCAAAGCCCUCUCCCACCUCAACGUCCCUGUCACUGUGGUGCUGGAUGCUGCUGUCGGCUAUAUCAUGGAGAAAGCAGAUCUUGUCAUAGUUGGUGCUGAAGGAGUGGUAGAGAACGGAGGCAUUAUUAAUAAGAUUGGAACCAACCAGAUGGCCGUGUGUGCCAAAGCUCAGAACAAGCCCUUCUAUGUGGUUGCAGAAAGCUUCAAGUUCGUACGCCUCUUUCCACUCAACCAGGAGGACGUCCCAGAUAAGUUUAAGUACAAGGCAGACACUCUCAAGUCUGUGCAGACUGGGCAGGAUCUCAAAGAGGAACACCCAUGGGUGGACUACACCUCCCCAUCCCUCAUCACCCUGCUGUUUACGGACCUGGGUGUGUUGACGCCAUCUGCUGUAAGCGAUGAGCUCAUCAAGCUGUACCUAUGAGCUGAGUCCCUCCUGCCAAUGUGCAGGAAGCACGCUCUGUGCAGGAUGAGCAGCCUCUCCACGCCAGCCAGCCAUGGGCCGAAAAUGAACCCGACAUCAGACGUCCUGAAGAAUCCUUGGACUUCUGCUCUGUCACAUCUGAAGCUGUUCCCAGUUCUAGAACCAAGCUGAGGCGCCCUUAUGGUUUUCAGAAACUCAGUCUCAGAAAGGACAACUGAGGAGAUUACAGCUGCAAUCCUGAGGAAAGAUGGCACACGAGCAGAGACCCCCUUCUCAUACCACACUCAGACGGCUGAGUACAAACCUUAUGGUGCCUCACAAGACAGCAAACACUGGCUGACUACGUCUGGCUUCGGGGCUCUCCUCAGCAGCCCAAGCCAGACAGGAGAAAUAUCAAUGCAGGAACCAUUCAUGUGCCACUGCGCACAGAAUGUUGUCUAUACAAAAUGGGAGUUUACUUUACACAUGGUUAGAACCCAAACAGCUUUUUAAAGUUAAAUGUGGAAACAAAUCAGGAUCUUUUUAAAUAAAUUAUAUGAACAAUUU